UGCAUGCAAAAUAAACUAUCACCCUGGCCAGGAAAUUUCAAUUGAUGAGCGGAUGGUUGCCUCUAAAGCGCGUAUCGGGAUUAAACAGUUCAUGAAAAAUAAGCCUUGUCGCUGGGGUUAUAAACUUUUCGUACUGGCGGACUCGAGCAAUGGGUACACAUGGGACUUUUUUGUGUAUGAAGGAAAGCUGCAGGGAAACAGUGGGAAAGGACUCAGUUAUGAGUCGGUAAUGGAGCUUGUUGACACACAGUUGCUUGGCACGGGUUACAAGCUCUUUGUUGACAAUUUUUAUACAAGUCCCUCCCUUUUCUGUGAUCUCCUUCAAAAGAGGAUCUGGGCAUGCGGAACGAUACGCACAAACAGAAUUGGUUUUCCAAAAACCAAAAUAAACACUCUGGUUUCGAAAUCUUUGCGUGGGAGCAUACGGUGGAUCAGAAAGGACUCCCUCCUCUUUGUGCAAUGGCGAGACACAAGGGAUGUUUUUAUGUGCACAACACUCCACACAGCCCAUGGGGGGGACACUGUUCAGAGAAGAGUGAAAGAUGCAGAUGGGCACUGGGUUUUGAAGAACAUCUCUGUUCCACCAGCAGUGAAGGAGUACAACCGGUUCAUGGGUGGAGUGGAUCUUUCAGAUUCGCUGAUCAAUUAUUACAAAGUCAUCCACAAGACCCAGAGGUGGUAUAAGACAUUGUUUUAUCACUUUAUGGACAUUGCUAUUGUGAAUGCGUUCUUGCUUUACAAGGAUCUUACCAAAGGUAAAGGAGAGGUACCCAUGCACCAAAAGGCAUUCAGAGAGACACUUGUUGAGGAGCUGGCAGCAGCAGCAAAAAUUCCUGCUCCAUCGUCCACUCCACGCAGCAAACAUCACAAGCCUGUGCAUAUCACUGCACAUAGCACCAUGGGUCGUCUGAGGUGCAGACAGUGCCAAGCAAAGACACCAGUGAAGUGCUCCUCCUGUGACAUACCGUUGUGCUUUGUGCCAAAUCGUGAUUGUUACAAUGAGUGGCAUGAUGCCAAUAACUUGUAAAAUAUAAUUGUAAAAUGUGUAAAUAGUUAUGGUCUUACAUAUUGACUUAUAUAUGGUUUUAUAUAAGGUCUUCAUUGAUAGAUAGAUAUAUGUGGUCUUAUGUUAACUUUUAAUACCAUAGCACUUGUUUUGUAUCUGUACACACUAUAACUUGUUUAUGCUUCAGUUACUAUGUGUCAGCAAUUACUGACAGUGAAUCUGGAUGAGAGAUUGAAUAGCACUUAGUGUAACCUUUCACUGGUGCCCAAAAUUAUGACUGUACAAUAAAGCAUUCAAAAAUAGCAGCAUUUUAUGUGUUAACAUUCAAUGUGCUUAAAAGGGGUCAUUUGGAGUCACCAAAUGGCCUUUUUUGGGAAGCGCCUAGAUAUAAACUUAGAAAAUUAGUGUUUUUACAUACACUUAUCUAAGGUAUUGUUAUCAAAUUUGAAACUACGCUUGCUAAGGCUUCGUUCUGUGAUCCCAAUGUGUCUUCAAGCUAAUACCUCCCAGUUGUAGUCAUCUGCAGGCAUUUUUUAACAAAAAAAAUUUAGGCGGAAUAUACUUAUUUCCCUUUUCAAUGUGUUCAAAGUUCUAUUACUCAAUACCAGUAAGACUUGCAGUGAUUCUGACUGUUAAUGAACAAACCUCAAAGUGUCUCCUUUCAAAAUAUGCACAAACCAUACAUGUACUCCAAAGGGUUAAAGAACAGAAUACAGUUUACUUUGGGCAUGCCUUUUUUAGGCGUUUUAGGUUAAUUUUACAGGAAUGCUA